GCGGCCUGCAGUCGGCCGGGUGCGCGGGGAGCGGGUUCCGCUGCGGGGCUCCGGGCGCCGCCCGCUCGGGUGGCUCACGAUGCGCGGCGGGCAGGACGAGGCGCGGGCCCCGGUGCUCCAGUUCACCAACUGCCGCAUCCUGCGAGGCCGGUCGCUGCUCAGGGAGGAUUUGUGGGUGCGCGAAGGCCGCAUUUUGGACCCCGAGAAACUGUUCUUUGAAGAGCGGCGAGUGGCGGAUGAGCAGCGGGACUGCGGGGGCUGCAUCCUGGCGCCCGGCUUCAUCGACGUGCAGAUCAACGGUGGAUUUGGCGUUGACUUCUCUCAGGCCUCGGAGGACGUGGGCUCGGGGGUCGCCCUGGUGGCCCAGAGGAUCUUGUCGCACGGAGUCACCUCCUUCUGCCCCACCUUGGUCACCUCACCACCCGAGGUUUAUCACAAGGGCUCCCUGUCCGCUUCCUUCUCCACGUUCCUUCGUGAGAGAGGUGUGGGCUUCGAGGCCUGGCUGCUUGUCUGGUCCUGAGAUGGGUCAUGUGAGCACCUGUUACACACGAGGGACCUUCCUGAUGGCAUUCAGCUGGGACGCGGUCCUUCCUCAGAUCCCCGUGAAGAGUGGUGGUCCCCAUGGGGCAGGGGUCCUCGGGGUGCACCUGGAGGGCCCGUUCAUCAGCCGGGAGAAGCGAGGUGCACACCCCGAAGCCCACCUGCGCUCCUUCGAGGCCAAUGCCUUCCACGACGUGCUGACCACCUAUGGGGCCCUGGACAACGUCCGCAUCGUGACUCUGGCCCCCGAGCUGGGCCGUAGCCGAGAGGUGAUACGGGCCCUGGUGGCCCGGGGCAUCUGUGUGUCCCUAGGACACUCGGUGGCUGACCUGCAGGCCGCGGAGGAAGCCGUGCAGUGUGGGGCCACCUUCAUCACCCACCUCUUCAACGCCAUGCUGCCUUUCCACCACCGUGACCCAGGAAUCGUGGGGCUCCUGACCAGUGACCGGCUGCCACCGGGCCGCCACAUCUUCUAUGGGAUGAUCGCUGAUGGCACGCAUACCAACCCCGCAGCCCUGCGCAUCGCCCACCGGGCCCUUCCCCAGGGGUUGGUGCUGGUCACCGACGCCGUUCCUGCCCUGGGCUUGGGUGACGGCCGGCACACGCUGGGGCAGCAGGAGGUGGAAGUAGAUGGACUGACAGCCUACGUGGCAGGCACCAAGACACUGAGUGGCAGUAUAGCUCCGAUGGAUGUGUGUGUCCGGCAUUUCCUACAGGCCACAGGCUGCAGUGUGGAGUUGGCCUUGGAGGCUGCGUCCCUGCACCCCGCUCAGCUGCUGGGGCUGGAGAAGCGCAAGGGGACCCUGGACUUCGGGGCUGAUGCAGACUUCGUGGUGCUCGAUGACUCUCUCCAUGUGCGGGCCACCUACAUCUCGGGCGAGUUGGUGUGGCAGGCGGAGGAGGCCAGGCAGUGACCGAGGACCACCGCCGGAAAGGACGCCCAGCCUUAGGCAGCCGCUGUCAGGGCCGAGCCGUGGAGGAGCAGGUCUCCAGGGAGCCAGUGGGCGCCCUGCCCCAGGUGGAGGCCUCCUCUCAGGAGGCAGCUGGAUAAACACGCGCCCGGCAGGGA